UAAGUAAACACGUAAAAAUGUACCCGGUCAUUAACCUGCAUCAGGUCGACUGCCAUGUGUGCAGAUCCAAUCUGCGAGAAUGUGUUCAUUGGGGUGUCCCUCUGACUCCUGCUGAGACAGCACCAGAACAAAUCACUGGACCUCAGCCCCCCAUCUUCAUCAACAGUGAGGGAGAGGAUGAAGGUCACCUACCUCCCUCACCUUUCCCAGAAAGCCCCCAGCAUCAGAGUGAAGUCCUGAUAGAGGAUGUGCAGGAACAAGGUGAAGAGGAUGAGAGUGCUGAUGAUGCUGAUGAUGGUUAUGAUGGUUAUGAUGGUGAUGAUGAGGAUGAUGGUGAUGAUGGUGAUAAUGAUGAUGGUGGUGAUGAGGAUGACUGGACUCCUCAGGACACGAUAUUGCACGUCUUUGGCCAGAGCCAUUUGACCAUUCAACUUCCAGAGGUUUCCACUCAGUUUGUCACUGAUCUAGCUCUGGACAGCCUGAGAACACUCAUGGAACCUGUGCACGAAUAUCUGCGCAGGAACAGAACAAACAGAAACACACAGAUGAAUCCGUGCACUGUUGGACUUCCAGGAGAGGCACCAUCAACUAGCCCUACCUGCGCAGGCAGCAGCUCCGGUGUGUCAAAUCCUUCUCAAGAAGAAGACGACGAAGUGAGGCUCAUUUGCGCCAUUCGGAGCGCCCAAGCAAAUCAGCCCACGAGCCGCCCGACGUCUCCCGGGCCCUUUGACUGCAUGGUGCCCGAAUAUGGCAGGGACCACCCUCUGCUUGCCAUGAAGGCUUGGAGGGCCGAUGCAUGGGGUGCCAGCUUCGGGGCAGCAGGGGAGAACUAG